AUGGAUAAUGAUCUAGAUUUAAAGUUUUUGGCUAUUGGAGAUUCCGGUGUAGGAAAAACAUGUUUACUCAACCAAUAUGUUGACGGUAAUUACAAUGAAAAAUUAGCUCCAACUGUUGGUAUUGAUAUUCGAGAUAAAAAUAUUGACUAUGAAUCACAUCGAUCAAAUAGUUUGUUUAAAAUUCAUUUACAAUUAUGGGAUACUGCCGGACAAGAACGUUUUCGUUCUCUUACAUCAUCAUUUUUUCGUGAUGCUUAUGGUUUUUUACUUGUAUUUGAUUUAACAAAUGAAACAUCAUUUAUUAAUGUACGUAAUUGGAUAACGGAAAUAGGAACGAAUGCUUAUUCAGAAAAUGUCGAUAUAAUACUUGUUGGUAAUAAAUGUGAUUUAGAAUCUAGUCGUGUGAUAUCAAAAUUAUGUGCCGAAGAAUUUGCCCAACAACAUAAAAUUAAAUAUAUUGAAACAAGUGCAUUAAAAAAUAUUCAUGUAGAAGAAUCAGUUAAAUUACUACUCGAUCUAGUUAUGGAUCGUUUAGAGCAAAGUCAAGACUUUUCUAAGCCAAGCAGACGUCAAUCAAAAUCUACCAAUGAACCUAUAAAUAAUUUAAAUUUCGACAAUAACAAGAGAAAAAAUGCACGCGUAUCUUAUUGUUGUUCGUAUUAA